AUGGCUUUGAGACCACCGACUAACCCAAGUUGGGAAGCGGUUAAAAAACUUGCUGGAAAAAAGAUAGAAGUAAAAGGCCACGAUAAUAGUAUAAAGGAAGUUAUAUUCGAAACGGAAGAAAUUCCAGUUGCAUAUGAACCAAUAUUGAAUAAAGUUCCCGAAUUUCAUCAAAAUAUCGAAAAAAACUACAAAUAUUAUAUUCAUGUCGGGCAUGGACACGACGGCGUGAUUAAUAUCGAAACUCUGGCACACAAAAAAGGAUAUUAUUUAAAAGAUAAUCUUCUUCAAACACCAGAAGGAGGUGUUUGCCCAGCUUAUGAUCCAGAAGAAGUAAAAACCAGUUGCGAUGUGAAAUGUUUGGUGGAAUAUCUCUGUAAUCAAAAAGGAUGGGGACAAAUUUAUCCAAAUGAUGAUGCUGGAAGAUACCUUUGUGAAUAUACGUUUUAUGUUUCAUUAUGUGAAAAUAUUAAAAAAAUCAAAUCCUGGAACGGUAUUAUUUGUUCAUGUCCCAAAAGAAGGUCAUCCUUAUUCAAUAGAUGA